CUUUAUCGCAUCCAUCUCUCUCUCUCUGUUCGCCUGUCGUCAACUUCUGGCCUUUUUAAAACCCUUUUUAGACUCAAAACCCCCAAAUCUACAGACCCUAAUCCGCUACACCGCGCAUUCUCAUCAUACUUCAUUGAUUUACCUGAGAUUUACUGCUUGAUUCUCAUUGUUCUCGUAGGCAAAACCUGCAACUGUUCUAGGGUUUAUGUGUUUUUCGUUUCGUAGUUUAUUUUACUCGGAAGUUAGGGUUUCUUGAUCGAGGCAGAAAUUGGAGAAAUCGCCGGGGCUUUUGAUUCAAUGGAGACCGCGGCCGGUGUUCCCGCCGCACGCGGUGUUUCGCUGCCUUCCCGCAAGGAGUGGCGCGCUGUUUCUGAGCUUUCCGUUCGAAACGCCGGCAGCGAGGAUUUGGAGCGUUCGAAGUUAGGGCAAUCCGAUGAGAGAACGAUAUACGAGGUGCAGCAGGGAAGAGAGCCGGCUGAUGUGGACUUCUGUUCCAUUACCAUUGAUGGAAGUUCGGACAAUGAUAUUUUGCAGCAGCGACUUCACAAUGUUGCCGGGCAAAGAGAGGAGUUGCAGCAAAUGGAGAUUGACCUUCGAGCUCAAAUCAUUGCGAGAUCGGAGAUCCUGGAAGUGCAGAAAGACUUUGAUGCUCAGAUUAAAGAGCAUAAAAAUGCUAAUGUUAAGCUUCAGGAACAACUACAUGAAAUGGAACUAGCAAUACGUGAGUUGGAGAGGAAGAUGGAAGAGAAAGACAGAGAGUUGCAUACGAUCAAAUUAGACACUGAAGCGGCAUGGGCUAAGGAGGAUUUACUUAGAGAACUGAGCAAGGAAUUGCAGACCUUCCGGGGAGAGCGUGAUAAUUCUGAAGCCGAAAGAGUCCAACACCUCAAACAGAUACAUGACCUUCAAGAACAUAUCCAAGAGAAAGAUAGGCAGUUCCUUGAGUUGCAGGAGCAGCAUAGGGUUGCUCAGGAAACCAUCCUUUAUAAAGAUGAACAGUUGAGGGAAGCUCAAGGGUGGAUCACCCGAGUCCAAGAAAUGGAUGCCUUGCAGUCAACCACAGCUCACUCUUUACAAGCUGAAUUGAGAGAACGAACUGAGCAAUAUAACCAGCUUUGGAUUGGUUGCCAGCGGCAGUUUGCUGAGAUGGAAAGGCUUCAUAUGCAUACAAUACAACAACUUCAGCUUGAACUGGCUGAUGCAAGAGAGAGGAGUGGAACUUUCUCUGAUGAGCCACGGAUGUCCCAUACCAAUUCAAAAGAUGCUUCUCAGUUUGGACAGAACAAUGGGAACCAACUUGAUGUGAAUGGAAGUGUCACACAGAGUGUAACUUCUGGGGUCCUUCCGAAUGGAAAUGCUGAAAAUGUUUCAUCUUUUGCUUCAAGUGGCAGUGCUUCAAGCCAGGUUGAUCAUGUUCAUGGUGUUCCAAUUGCUCCAUCAUCCCUACUUGGGAUGCCUGCCUACCUUCCAUCUGGACAGGUUCCGGCUCUGCAUCCAUUGCUUAUGCAUCAGCAGACAGUUCCCCACUCUGUACCCACUGUCAAUCAAUCUCCUGUUGGCCAUUUUCAUUCAGUUCCAGCAAUUUCGUCUCUUCAACAUUGGCAGAUCCAACAGGCUGUGUCAGAGGGUUCGCAGGUAUCAACUCAUGACCUACAUCCUCAAUCACAAACUGAACCGAAUCUGUUGAGAUCAGAUUCUAGUUAUGAUUAUGAAGUAUCUGCAAAUGGGAAAGCAAUUCAUCCAGACUAUUUAGAUGAUCGAACCAACAAAGGAACAGAACAUGAUAAUGUGAUUCCCACUUCAGCUGAGGAAGGACAGCAGGUUGAUAAAAGUUACCUUGGAGCUUCACAACCUCAACAGAACUUGCAACAUGUUUCUUCCCAGUUUCGUGAUCUAAGAUUAGACCCUGUUCCACAGAAUAGCGAGGCAAUGGAGAACACUGUUACUCCUUUGACCAGUCAUGGACUGGAUGGUGAAGGAUUUACUACAGAACAAGCAAGUUCUGCUGCCAGUGUACCAUCAUCUGAAACUCCGAAUAGUCAUGCAAAUUUCAGUGAGACCACAAUGAACAAUACUGCCGGUACUGUUACUUCUGAAGCAUUUUUGGCCUCUGGACAGAAGAACACUCACACAGGUGGAAAGACCUCAGAGAUUUCUCUUCUUGAUGAAAGAUCAUUAUUAGCUUGCAUUGCUCGCACAAUUCCUCCUGGACCUGGUGGUAGAAUCAGGAUUAGCUCUACACUUCCAAAUAGGCUUGGUAAAAUGCUUACACCACUACAUUGGCAUGAUUACAAGAGGAGAUAUGGAAAGCUUGAUGAAUUUGUGGCUGGUCAUCCUGAAUUAUUUCUAAUUGAAGGGGACUAUAUACAACUUCGAGAGGGCGCACAAGAAAUCAUAGCAGCUACAGCAGCUGUUGCUAAAGUGGCAGCAGCUGCCAAAACAGCAUCCUCUCCUCACUCAUUGUUGUUGCCCUCUGUUGCUGUUACUCCUAUGGCACAACCUCACCGUCUGAGGAGAGCCCCGUCAAUGGAAUUGAAUGGCCAUGAAAGUAGGCCUGCCCAAACAUCUGCACUUACAGGAGUUGGAAAUGGAACAAAUUCUGGCAUGUCAGGUUUGGAAAGCUCUGUAAACAAGGUUUCAGCUUAUGGGAGGUCUGGUGCUAAUUUUGUUGGAAAACAACAGGGCAGGACAACCGGGGUUGCAUCAACUUUCAGAAGAUAGACGAGACCCAAAUUGGCAUUUUCUUUCUUUCAUCAAAUCAAUUUACACCAAUGUGCAAUUCAGGGGACGGAUGACGAAAAGAUCUGGAAAGCAGCUUUUAAACUUCCAUCAUCUGUUUCAUUUAUUCCCCCCCUCCCCCUCUCUUGCAUUUGCAUCCUGGUGAUUUCUGCCGUGAGGACUGCUCUAUUUUAUUGCAUGUUUUGGUAUUUACUGAUAACUGUACAUCCAACUCCCAGCAGUGAUAUUGGAAGUGCGCAACUCCGUCUUUGCAUUUUGGAUU